AUGCAGAAGAUCUUGCAAACAGAGGAAAUUACCAAUACCCAAGCUCUUAGAAAAGGAAAGAGGAAAAGGACGGAGACGAUGGACUCAGAGAAUGUGAACAGUGACCUGGAUAAAGGGCAGAGAGACCCAUAUUCGGGAAAUGCCUUUCUGCCCGGUGAGAGCUCCAGUGAGGAUGAAGAGCCUCUAGCAGAAUUGUCGAAGGAGGAAUUGUGCACAAAAAUAAGAGGGCUGAAACAAAAACUAACAAACAUCCGGAAAGAAAACAGCCGCCUUCGGCAGUCUUUGGUCACACUUCAAGUUUUACCACAGGCCGUCACCCAGUUUGAAGAAUUGGUUGGUAUGGCGGAGGCCCUGCUCAAGGGUGGAGGAACCCUGUCCACGUCUGCGUCCACCCUCUGGAGAGCAACAAAUAACUCCUCACCAGAUUCAUUUGCCUCCACGUGUAGUAAUUCUAAUUCUAAUUCCAGUUCACCAGUUUCCUUGAAAGCUGAGGAAGAGCAUCACACGGAUGAGAAACAGUUCAAGAUUGAAAAAUGGCAGAUUGCCCGUUGCAACAAGAGCAAGCCUCAGAAGUUUAUUAAUGAUUUAAUGCAAGUGCUUUACACAAAUGAAUACAUGGCCACACACAGCCUGACAGGGGCAAAAUCCUCUACUUCAAGGGACAAGGCAGUGAAACCAGCUAUGAAUCAGAAUGAAGUUCAAGAAAUCAUAGGAAUCACAAAACAAUUAUUUCCCAACACAGAUGAUGUUUCAAUUAGGAGAAUGAUAGGGCAAAAGCUAAACAAUUGUACCAAGAAGCCAAAUUUGAGCAAAAAUCUGAACUCUCAGGAUAUUAAGUAG